GGCUUGCUAAGGCGAGGCGGCGGCCGGGCCGGGCCGGGCCACAGGCAGUGGCGGCGGGACCAUGGAGGCGGCGGCCGCUGCUCCGUGUCCCCGGCUGUUCCUCCUCGUCCUGACGGCGGCGGCGGCGACGCUGGUCCCGGGAGCGACGGCAUUACAGUGUUUCUGCCACCUUUGCACAAAAGACAAUUUUACUUGUGUCACAGAUGGGCUGUGCUUUGUGUCUGUCACAGAGACUACAGACAAAAUUAUACAUAAUAGCAUGUGUAUAGCUGAAAUUGACCUAAUUCCUCGGGACAGACCAUUUGUAUGCGCACCGUCUUCAAAAACUGGGUCUGUCACUACAACAUAUUGCUGCAAUCAGGACCACUGCAACAAGAUAGAUCUCCCAACGGUUGGUUUACCAUUGCUUGUUCAGAGAACAAUUGCAAGAACUAUUGUGUUACAAGAAAGUAUUGGAAAAGGUCGAUUUGGAGAAGUUUGGCGAGGAAAGUGGAGAGGAGAAGAAGUUGCUGUUAAAAUAUUCUCCUCCAGAGAAGAGCGAUCAUGGUUCCGCGAGGCAGAGAUUUAUCAAACCGUGAUGUUACGUCAUGAAAACAUCUUGGGAUUCAUAGCAGCAGACAAUAAAGACAAUGGUACAUGGACUCAGCUCUGGUUGGUGUCAGAUUAUCAUGAGCAUGGAUCCCUUUUCGAUUAUCUGAACAGAUACACAGUCACUGUGGAAGGAAUGAUAAAACUUGCUCUGUCCACAGCGAGUGGACUUGCCCAUCUUCACAUGGAGAUUGUUGGUACCCAAGGAAAACCAGCCAUUGCUCAUAGAGAUUUAAAAUCAAAGAAUAUCUUGGUAAAGAAAAAUGGAACUUGCUGUAUUGCAGACUUGGGACUGGCAGUAAGACAUGACUCGGCCACAGACACAAUUGAUAUUGCUCCGAACCACCGAGUGGGAACAAAAAGGUAUAUGGCCCCUGAAGUUCUAGAUGAUUCCAUAAAUAUGAAACACUUUGAAUCCUUCAAACGUGCGGACAUCUAUGCAAUGGGCUUAGUAUUCUGGGAAAUAGCUCGACGAUGUUCCAUUGGUGGAAUACAUGAGGAUUACCAGCUGCCUUAUUAUGAUCUUGUACCUUCUGAUCCAUCAGUUGAAGAAAUGAGAAAAGUUGUUUGUGAACAGAAGUUAAGGCCAAAUAUUCCAAACAGAUGGCAGAGCUGUGAAGCCUUGAGAGUAAUGGCUAAAAUCAUGAGAGAAUGUUGGUAUGCCAAUGGAGCAGCUAGGCUUACAGCUUUGCGGAUUAAGAAAACAUUGUCGCAACUCAGUCAACAGGAAGGCAUCAAAAUGUAAUUCUGCGGCUUUGCCUGAACUCCAUUUUUUCUUCAGAUCUGCUCCUGGGUUUUAAUUUGGGAGGUCAGUUGUUCUACCUCAACUGAGAGGGAACAGAAGGAUAUUGCUUCCUUUUGCAACUGUAAUAAGGUCAAUUAAAAACUUCCCAGGAUUUCUUUGGACCCAGGAAACAGCCAUGGGGGUCCUUUCUGUGCACUAUGAACGCUUCUUUCCCAGGUCGGUUACAAAAUGUUGUGUAGUCUACCUUUAUUUUUUAUUAAUACAGAACUUUUUUUUUAAAGAUGAUUGCUGGUCUUAACUUUAGGUAACUGCUGUGCUGAAGAUCAUCUUUAAGGGUAAAGGAGCUGGAUGCUGAAUCAGUACAAAACAUUUCUUAUUUUUAAAGAGAGCAAUUUACUCCUGGUUAGUACAUUCUCAGAGGAUUCUGAACCACUAAAGAGUUUUCUUGAUUCAGACUUUGAAUGUACUGUUCUAUAAUUUUCAGGAUCUUAAAACUAACACUUAUAAAACUCUUAUCUUGAGUCUAAAAAUGACCUCAUAUGGUAGUGAGGAACAUAAUUUAUGCAAUUGUAUUUUGUAUACUAUUAUUGUUCUUUCACAUAUUCAGAACAUUACAUGCCUUCAAAAUGGGAUUGUACUAUACCAAUAAGUGCCACUUCUGUGUCUUUCUAAUGGAACUGAGUAGAAUGGCUUAAAGUCUGUGUGUGUUAAAACUUGUAGUGUUUCAAUUCAAAGAGUUUAUGUAUCUGGGUAACCCAGACUUUUUCUGUUACAAUUUUUGGAAGAGUUUUGUGGUAUGUCAUUUGGUUUUCCAUUUUCAAAAUGCCUUUCUCCUACCAGAAUGUGCUUAAACCACUAAAGAAAUGAAGUGGCAUUAAUUGGAAAAUUGUUAUCGUGGUCUUGUUUGAAUAGUCUCACAUCAAGCUUUUGCGUUUUAGUUGUGUUGUCUAAGUAUACUUUAAAAAAACAUCAAGUGGCACUCUAGAUGCUUAUAGUACUUUAAUAAUUUAAUACUUGUAGCAUACAGACUAAUUUUUCUUAAAAGGAAAAAUUUGUCUAGCUGCUUGUGAAAAGUUGUGUGGCGUCCUGUAAGCCAUUUUGUUGAUCUGAUCAAAGACAGUGUUAUUUUUUUAAGAAAUGAAUUACAUUUAAAGUUAGCUUAUGGUUGAUGUUAAAUAAUAGGCUUUUUUCUAGGAAGUGAAGGGUAGUUCAUAAUUUGAGUAGGUAACAGGUAUGCAAGAGUCACAUUUGUUACUUAGGAGUCAUUGGUGGAUUUUUCUGUCUUUGUAAUUAAAGGUAGAGCUAGUGUGGUUUUGAUGUCUCACUACACUUGGAAGAAGGCAGCUUUUAAAUUCAGUCUUUCCUUCUAUGUGCAGAUAUUUUAACUGCUUAAUUUACAUGGUUAUGUAAUGAGUUCACCACACUCUUGAUAUUUGGAAGAGUGGUAGCUAAAGCAUAUUCUGAGUAUAGGCUCUCCAUUUACAGAUGUUUUUGGUCAAAUUAAAUGUUUAAAGCAAACGUCAUGGUCUUCUCACAUGAAGUUGAAGCUGGCAUAUAAUAACUGGAUUUUACUCCCAGUGCUAAAGGUCUUUGCAGGGCUUUUACAGUUUUCAAAGUUCUGUUUAUCACUGUGAUCUUAUUCUGAGGGGGAGGGAAACUAUCCUAACUGUGAGGCAAGACACUGACUUUAUAGUGCUAUUGAUUUCCCAAUGAAAAGGUCAGAAUAACCUUUACAGUACUUUGGUCAGUAAGAGGUGGUGGCUGUUUACGCCGACUGAGCUGCAUUCUAAUAAUGUCUUAUCUCGUAUACAUAGAAUAAAUUUGAAAGACUAUUUGGACUUAAAGCCAAAGUAACUUUAGAAUGAAUGACAUAUUACAUAGGAAUUUAGUGUCAAUUUCAUGUGCUUAAAAACAUCAUGGGGAAAAUGUGCUUAGAGGUUAGUAUUUUGACUCCAAAUUUGAGUUUUUUUCUAUAGUUACCACGAUUUCAUCAAAGCAAAUGAAUGAGUUUGAGAGGUUUGUUUUUAUAAUUGUGUUAUAUUUCCAGUUUAAUAAUCCCUAGCUCUGUGAUUAGGUACUUUUUUUUUCCCAUUUCUAAGCCUACCAGAUCUGCUUUAUGAAAUUCAGGGGACCAAUGUAUUUUAUCACUAAAACUAUUUUUAUAUAAUUUUAAGAACAUACCAAAAGUUCUUGUCUGAUUUAAAGUUGUGAUAUAUGAUUUCUCACUUUCAUAUAAGGUAAUCAACUUUGGCUGAAGAGAUUUUUUUUUUUUAAAUCAAAAGAUUGAGCUACAGUUUCACUGUUCUUGCCUAUGUGGAUAAAAUGUACUUUUGAUGAAUCGGAAUUUUUUUAAAGUUGGAAUUUGGUUCUAAAUUGGGUUACAUAUUACUACAGCUAAUUCCUUUUUUGGCUAAUGAUGGUUUGAUAAACCCCAAUUGGCUAAUAUUAAAAAUAAAAGUAAUUUAAAAGAUGAAAUAGAUCAAUCGCAGAUAAA